AUGAUGCGAUCUCAAGUCCUCAUUUCAGUCCUCUUAAUCCUUCUCCCAGCUGCCGUGGAUUCUUUCCCACAAGUGCAUGGAGUGAUGGGUCACCCUGUGACACUGCCAUGUACUUACCCAGUGUCUAACGGACUCUCAUCCAUGUGCUGGGGCCGAGGGGCAUGUGCUUCUGACACAUGUGGACAAACACUUAUCUGGACUGAUGGACACAGAAUCUACUAUCGGACAAAUAAUCGCUACCAGCUGAAGGGGCAGCUUCUUCAAGGAGAUGUGUCCUUGACGAUAGAGAAUGUCACUGAGAGUGACAGUGGUCUCUACUGCUGUCGGGUGGAAAUGAAGGGGUGGAAUGGUGUACAGAGAUUGACCACCUCACUGCAAGUUCAACCUGUGAAGAACUUGGAUGAGGCUUAG